GGGCUGCGCCCUGUCGCUGGUGGGGUGGGGGGUUUCGAGGACGUGCGGGGUGCAUGGGCGACGCGAUAGGGGCCACUGGGUGGUGGGCAUUGGGCCGACGAGGCCUUGUGCGGGGAGAGAGGGAGGUCGGCAGGAGUUCGUACAGCCAUCGGCGAGCGGGCACGAUGCCGCAAAGUCAGUCCAGGGUGUUUGAGGAUGGGGGGGAGGAUGAGAAUCUGAAGGCGCAGAAGAAAUGCUGCGUGUACAAGUACAUCCGCGUCGGGCUGAGUCUCGGCGAGAGAUUCCGCGGCAAUCGAAUGCUGAAGUGCGUUUUCUGCGGCCACGAGUUCCAAGGCAACCAGUUUGUGGCGGCGCGCCAUUUCCGCGAGGGCAAGGGAUGUCCUGAAGUGACCGACGAGGCACUUGUCGACAUCCACAACAACAGUGCGGAUACCGCUGAGCCGGGUCCAUCUGCGGGGAAGAGAAAGGAGAGAGAGGAGGGUGCGCGACCGACGGCAACACAGGAGAGGCUGAGGCAAAACACUAUCCCGGAGUCAUUCUCUUCAAAGUGGCAGAUGGAGUUCAAGAAGAAGUGGCUGCGGUUUGUGUACAUUCAGCGCCUGGCGUUCAACGUCUUCCGGAGCGAGCCGUGGUUGGACGUAGUCCGACACUUCAGGGAAUUGUCGGGGCCAGUGAAGGUGUUAUGGCCUUCAAAGAAUGAGAUUGCGGACAUAGAGACCAUUGUCCACACGGCGGACGAUGUGGGAGCUGAUCUCGCGGACGUCAGGGCUCCUUUCUAUGUCAAGGGGGCCACCAUUAUGUCGGACGGAAGAAAGUCACGCGAUGCUAGACCCAUCGUUAACUUCCUUGCCGGCGGGUCGCGUGGGGUGAUGCUCGUCCGGACGAUGAACAGGGACGGUGAGCGGGAUCGCGCGCCUGAUGUGUUGGCCCGCUGGAUCAAGGUGUUCGAUGACUUUCCCCCAAAGUGGGUGAAUGCCAUCUGCACCGACUCCGCCUCGGCGUACGUCGCCGCGGCAAACAUGCUCCAGGGGCCCGAGUAGAGGCCAGAGCAUCGACGGAUCAUGUGGCUCCCAUGCGCAGUGCAUAUCUGCAACAAGAUG